UCUUCAGCAAACAUUAACAAUUCACCCAAGUAAUAUUGCAGCUUGCUGAGUCACAAACAUGGCCGGCGGCGAAGGCGAUACAAAACCUCUUCAUAUCGCCAUGUUCCCAUGGCUUGCCUUCGGCCACAUGCUCCCUUUCCUCAGACUCGCCAAGAUCAUGGCUAGAAAGGGACACAAGAUCUCCUUCAUCUCCACUCCACGCAACAUCGAUCGCCUUCCCCAACUGCCUCCAUCUCUCACCUCUCUCAUCACCUUCGUGAAACUUCCCCUCCCUCCCGUCGACGGCCUUCCGCCCACCGCCGAGGCAACUUCCGACUUGGAGGGCCAUGAGAUCCUCUACCUAAAACGAGCUUACGACCUUCUCCGGCAACCACUCUCGGGAUUUCUUAGUAACUCCCGUCCGGAUUGGAUCCUCUUCGACCAUGCACCCUACUGGCUGCCCGCCGUCGCUCGUGACCUCGGAAUCCCGACCGUGUUCUUCAGCAUAUUCAUCGCCAGCGUGUUGGCGUUCACCAGCCCGCCGGCGGAUGAGGAACAAGACUAUAGGACAACGGCGGAGGAGAUCAUGGUCAAACCCAAGUGGGUCCCGUUUGAAUCCGACAUAGCGUGGAGGUAUUUCGAGGCCGAGAAGAUUUUCCCCAUGAUUCUUGGCGACGAUUUGCAUCCCAAUGAGUUUUAUCGUUUUCGUCAGACAUUGAAAGGAUGCGAUUUGAUUGCGGUUAGGAGCUGCCGAGAGCUUGAAUCACGUUGGCUAAAUUUACUACAGGAAAUGCAUCAAAAGCUAGUAUUCCCGGUGGGAGAGCUUCCGACGCCAAUCGAGGAGAUAGAGGGAGAUGACUGGCAGAGUUGGAAAUCUAUUAAAGAAUGGUUGGAUAAGCAAAAAAGGGGUUCAGUUGUCUAUGUGGCAUUCGGAAGCGAGGCAGCAUGGAGUCAGGAAGAGCUAACAGAGAUAGCCAAUGGGUUAGAGCUAUCCAACUUACCAUUCUUUUGGGUGCUCCGUACCCGACAGAGUCUCGAUGAUUCGAAAUUGCCUGAAGGUUUCGAGGAUCGAACAAAGGGACGAGGAGUGGUCUGGAAGGAGUGGGCACCGCAAGUGAAGAUUCUUGGCCACGACUCUGUGGGCGGGUUCCUAACUCACUCCGGGUGGAGCUCGGUGGUGGAAGGGCUUCAAUUUGGGCGGCCGUUGGUGUUGUUGAUUUGUUACAAUGAUCAAGGGCUUAAUGCUAAGCUGCUUCAACAAACGGGUGCGUGUUACCUGAUUCCUAGAGAUGAACGAGACGGGCGAUUUACGAGGGACUCUGUUGUUGACUCAUUGAGGACGGUGGUAUGGGGAGAAGAAGGAGCGCUCUGUCGAAUUAAAGCCAUGGAAAUGAAAGAGUUGUUUGGUGAUACGGAGAAGCAUGACAGUUAUGUUCAUGAUUUGUUGGGAUAUCUUGAGACUAACACCUCCAGAAAUUUGUGAAGAUAAACUUGGUAUCGAUUGAAAUAAUUGUGACUUUUGAAGCGCAUCUUUUCCUUCAUAUUUGUAUCUAUCCAAUAUAUUUUCCAACUGAACCAAAUGAUUUAGGUUAUAUAUGGUCCUAAAGAAUCCUUUUUCUCUCUAGAGUUGCAGGGGUUCCGGAUAGUGAUUUUUCCUAGAUUUUCAUGAAAUCUUAGGUCUUCUCGUCGAUAGAUAGACAACUAAGAAGAGGUUUAUAGUUGGUGUUGUAACUACAAGAAAAACUGGGGUAUAGCAACUAAAAUAUUGUGACAAAUGCAAUAUCUGUCUUUAAAAGUACCUUAAACACAACAAAUUUAUGAUUUGUAUCCAACUCUAAGAAAAAAGGCGAAACAACAUAGCAGCAUUGCAUGUGCUGUUUUACUUGGAAGUACUCUAACUCUCUCCCUGUGUAUUGCCCUUAACAUUCAAUUAGAUGUUCCCCAUACUCUACUUCUGCAUGUGUUUGUACCUUAGUAUCUGAUAAAGUGAUACAUGACUUUUAUUCCCAUUGCAUCAACCAUAACUCAUGAUGGCAUGCUCAUAUGACGGUUCUUGGUGGGUAUUGGUAUGGAAAGGCUGGAAAGAAAAGAAAAGUUAGAGUGGAGCAUCGUCACUUCCUAUCUUGUUUCUUCCAAUAUUUUAUUUCAUAACUUUCAGUUGUAUCAGCUGCCUGUGUAUUGCAAAGCAAGAAAGUUAAGUGGAAAGAAUACCGGAAGUAACACUUUUUAAGGUUCAAGAACAACCUACUCAAAAAGUUGUGUAGGUCGAAUGACAUUUAACUCUUUCUUCAUGCUACCUUAUACCAUUUAAUCUCAAUAGUAUAGCACUCUGUUGGUGAAAUAUAUAUAUAUAUUUUUUUUUUUGUUAGUCCUGUCAAUUUUCUGUGUAUUCUCUCUUUCCUGAUUUCGUGGUCUUUAAAGUGUCUUCUCACGCCAUGGCAGCAAUAACUGCAGCACAACAGCAACCAAAAGCUGUAAAAGUAGCAGCAUAACAGUAGGUUAAUAUUUGUUCUGAUCGAGAUUUGAAUGCCCAAUCUGUCCUAGCUAACCCAUCACAUGAUCUAGGUGCAUCUUGGCAAUUGGUGCUGGAAAUUAUAGUCUUGCUCUGCAAUUGAUGAAUUAUAUAAGGGAGGGAGGAGGUUGUGCAAUUACUGUACAAUCCUUCAUUGGAAAAAAAAAUGUACUUCUCUAAUAGAGAUUCCAAAGCUAAGUGUAUUUGUCUUCUCUGCAGGUCAAGAGACUUGACACUAAGAUGGGUUGUUCUAUUGCUGAUAGCUUCUUAAUUGUUCAGUAGAGAACUCUUCAUGGGAGGCCAGUUGCAUCCAGGAAUGCUGCUACAGUUGUUUGAGGCCACUUUCAGAAUCAUGGGUUGGACCUUGGAGUUGCUAGGCCUCAUGUUAAUCUACAAAAUUUAGGUAGAUGGAGCUCUCAUCUAUAACUAUUUUAUGCUUUUCCUCUUAUUCUGAAUACUUCAGUCCUUGUAGUUUCUUGUGAGAACUGACAGGGUGAUUCAUGAUUCAGAUCUGAGUUAGUUUUCCUUAUAUUCCUUAUAGUUUUUGUUGCUUCUCCCUCUGGAAGUCAGUGCUGAUGUCCUUGGAGAGGUAUGUACCUAUUCUGAUUUUCCCUGCACUUAUAGGCUUAGAUCUUCAAGUUCUCAAUGUUAAUUAUCUUUUGCUCUAUAAGAAUUCAAGGGUAUGUGCUCAAAUCAUGGGAGAUUGUGUUGUGACAAACAGGACUUCCCCAUGAAGCAGGGUGUCGUGAACCCUUGUCGUGUCUUCCACUUGCUUACCGCAUGAUCUUUUAGCUUCUGUUUCUUUUACAUUUUUUUUUUUUUUAUGUCCACUUGUUUACAACAUGCUUCGGGGUAAAAGGCAAAAUCUAAAUGUAUGUGCUGAGUUUCUAUGGGAUUAGUGACGAUUGUGAUUGGCAGAGAUCUGUCAGUUAGCCUCUCUUUGAAGUAAGUAGAUUAAGCACUCUAAUACUGAUUAAGGUGCCAUGUUAGCUUAUUUAGGUGCCCUGUUGUUAGAGACAAUUUUGCAAAGGUAUCUAAAACGCUUUUUCCUGGUGAGGAUAGUUUGCAACUGAUAGUUUUGGUCCAUUGAAUAUGUAGAUUCUAACAUCUAGUGUAUUUGCCAAUCUCUUAUCAAAUUUCUAUGUCUAAAACAUAUGGUGUAAUUUUAAGUUAUUUACUAUGUUUUUUCAAGAUGAGAAACACUUGAAGAUUCACGAAUUGAUGGAUGUUGCAACUACUCAAUAAUAUCUUGUAGAAGCAAGCAUAGACCAAAGAUUUGGAUAAAUUUAGAUGAUUUGG